UGUCAGUAUGGGUGCCAGUAGCGUAGCUGGAUGCGAAAAGUUAAAAAUGACAAGAUUAAAAUCAUUCUACAAGUAAUUUUUACAAGAAACAAGAUGCUCAAAGCGUGUACUUUAAAUAGGUUUGUGCUGGCAAUUUGGAGCAAUCUCGACCAAGCUAACUUAAUCGACGAUUAAUAUCGGCAAAAUCGUUUGGAACAAAAUUUCAAACAUUUCGUUGUUUCUUCCUGCAUGUUAAACAAUAAAUGAUUCUGUCAAUAUUAAAAUAGUAUUGCUCGAUAAAUUGGUCGCAGAUCAUGGACACAAAAGCAUAAGUUGUCGCUCCUGAGUCGACUAACCUAACUUAAGUAAUACAUAUAAUGUAUAUAAAUGCUUCAAGAUAUCGCCUUUCAAUCACCGACCAUAACAUAACCUCUGUACCGGUGUACCACACAUGCCAUGCCAUGUGCGCUAUAUAACCUUAAAUCUUGCGAGAAGGUUGAAGGCGCUAUAAUUCACCAGCCGGUGGAGUAAAAGGGGGAGAGGGGAAGAGUGUACCACACCAUCCGUACCGCCACGUGCCGGUUAUCCUGACUUGGAUUUUUCACCGUUGCUCACAGAAAAACUUUGAUUUAUUCGCUGCACUAAGCUGCAUUAGGACCUUUCUUCUCACUGAACUCCAAAUAUUUAUCUGUUUCACUUCAAAUACAGCGUGUACGCUGGUGGCUUCAAUUAGAAAUAAACACCUAUGUCCAACGAGAAAAUUGCUGAAAGCCAUGCACUGGGGGAACUUGUCUCCGACUACAAGAACCCGGCAAUCAAGUGGCACCAGACGGACAUCACGGUUGUCAUUUGUAUUCAGUUGACCGACGUAUCCGAUUACUACCUCCGAAUCGAGGACAAUUGCUUGCAGUUUAGUACACAGACAAACGGAGAGAAAUACUACCUCGUUUUGCACCUGUUUGGGUCGGUGGUAGCGGAGAAGACAGUGCACAAGAAUGUCGGCAGGGUGAUUAAGAUCUAUCUUGUAAAGGGUCUCAAAUGGUUUCCAUGGUUGAGAUUGACCCAGACCAAAGAAAAGAGUUCACUUAUAUUGUACAAUCCGGAUUAUAUACAUGAUCCGGAUAUAUAUGAUCCGGACUAUAUAUAUAAGACGAAUCCCAUUCAACAGCCUUACGACACAGAAAGAUUCCCACGAUACAAGCGCGAGCAUAAGAUAGACUAUAUACUGCCUGAUGUGCCGUCCAGCGACGAGGAGGAAUCUGAGGAUGAAUACGACAUAGACUUCUUCGCUUAAUACCUUUCUAUUAACUGAAUUUAACUCUGAUGUACAUAUUUAAUGUUUAUUGUAUGAAAAACGAGAAACUUUUGAUAAUUACUUUUUACAGUUUUUACUGCAGUGCUAAUUAUAUAUCUUAUUACAAUAUUUAUUGAAGAUGUACACAGUAUAUAAUAUUAAAAUAUACCAUAUAAGAUUUUUCAAUUUAAAACAGUCAGGAAAUAAUAAAUAAGGCACUAAAAGUCUAACACGCAGAUCUUGAUGCGUAAAACAAUUUUUAUAUUCAAAUAUGUAGUUACAUAUCCAUAUACAAAAUUUUUCCUUCCGUACGUUUCGGCCUCCUUUAGGUUUUCUUCAGCGAUAAAAGAUACAAUAAUAUUUCAUAAUAAUAAAUUCUUCCGCUACUCAACGUCAAUAAGUUUCGCGGUGUAGAAAAAGUUCAAAUACGUUAUAUCAAUAAAUUACGUAUUAAAAUUUUGUACAUGGAUGUAACAUAUUUGAAGAUAAAAAAAUUGUUUUGCACACAAAUUCUGAAUGUUAAACUCUUAGUGUCCGAUUUAUUAUUUUCUGAGUAUAUUAUAUCUUUUGAAUUUUUUGCAACAAGAUUUUAAACACACAGCUUUUCUGUGACAAUUAGCGAAUCGGAAAUAAUUGUCUUAUAUUAGGAUUUGGUAAUUCAUUGACAAUUUUCAAGAUCGAACUUCUUAAUCAUUAUUUGAAGCAUCUAAUGUAUCACUAUAUAGUGUACAAUAUAAGCUUAAAACAGCCUAAAGUAUAUGAUUUUUAUGUU